AUGGCCCAGGCUACUCCACAGCCGCCACCACUCGGCCCUGCGCCCUCCCUCGUCGUCCUCGCGCCCACCUCCGCCUUCUUGUUCGGCUUCACCUCGGGCCUCGUCUCGUCCUCCAAGCUCGCCGCCAAGCAGUUCCUCGCAGAGAACGCCCACCGUCUGCCCACCACCGUCCAGGGCUGGUACUUCUACCAGAAGACCAAGAACUACCGCGUCCUGUGGGCCGGCAUCAAGGGCGGCCUGCGCACCGGCGGUCGCCUCGCCCUCUGGACCGGCGCCUUUCUCACCCUCGAGGAGACGGUCGACUCGGGCCUGCGCUCGGCCGUCCAGCUCGUUCACCCGACAGCGAGCGACGACGCGUUGAGGACCAAGGCGGUCGCGGGCGGCGUCGCCGGCGUGGGCAUGGCCGGUACCGCGAGCUGGUGGUACCGCCUCUCUCGACACACCGUCGCGCGCAGGCUCGCACUCGGCCUCGCGCUCGGCGGCGUCGCAGGCGGCGCCGUUGACUUGCGUGACUGGCUGCGCUCGAAGUUGCCCGAGAAGCAGGCGUGAACGAGACGCCCGCCUGCCAGGACGACCUCGCCGACCGAGGCGACCACAAGAAUCGUCAGGACGGGCUAUCCAGCCCAUCCGCCGUGCGGCAGCGCCGCAGCGACACGAGCACGCGCUCGACAAGGCCAAGGCCGCGACAUCACCCGGACACCACAGCAGACGCAUCCAGCAGCACGAGUGCAAUCGAGCGUUGCGCCCGUUUUUGACUCGCCGUCGUUCCCGGCGCAAAGACACCGUGCCGAAC